AUGGCGGGGGAUGGAGAUGCGCGAAUGCUCGAUCAAACGGCAACGUGGUCCGUUGCCAUUGUUUGUGCGGUCAUCGUCAUACUCUCAGUAUUGUUGGAACAUAUUCUUCACACCGUGGGACAUUUUUUGAAGAAACGCCAUAAACCUGGGCUAAUGGAAGCACUCGAAAAGAUCAAAAACGAGCUUAUGGUACUCGGGUUUAUUUCGUUGCUUCUUACGUUUAGCCAGACGUAUAUUGCAUCGAUAUGUGUUUCGAAAAAUCUUACAAAGGAUUUCUUGCCAUGCAAGAAACAAAAAUAUGAAAAGGAGGGUGAUAUUAUUGAGGAAGGUGACGGGGUUGAGAGAAGGAGAUUAUUAUGGUAUGAACAAAGAAGGUUGGCAGGUGGUAAACCAGUUGAAUGCAAAGAAGGAUACGAGGAGAUUAUAUCAGUUGCUGGAUUACAUCAAUUGCAUAUCUUUAUAUUUUUCUUGGCAUGUUUUCAUGUAUUUUAUAGUGCAAUCACGAUGAUUUGCGGAAGCAUAAAGACCCGCAAGUGGAAAUACUGGGAACGAGAUAUUUUGCAGGAACAUGUAUCGCAUGGUGAGUCAUUAAAAUACCGGCUUGCAAAGGAAUUAUCUUUCGUAAAACAUCACACCGGUGCUUUCACCCAAACUCCAACGAUGUUUUACAUUGUUUGCUUCUUUCGGCAAUUUUUUAUGUCUGUUCGUAAAUCGGAUUAUUUGGCUAUGCGUACUGCUUUUUUCUCGGUUCAUCUAAGUCCUGGGAGUCACUUCAACUUUCAAAAGUAUAUAAAGAAGUCAUUAGAAGAUGAUUUCAAAGUAAUUGUAGGAAUCAGUCCGUUAUUAUGGGCUACUGCAGUCCUCUUUCUUUUUGCAAACGUUGACGGAGCUCGUGCUAUGACUUAUCUUUCUUUAUUUCCCGUAUUCAUUAUCUUAGCCGUUGGAACAAAGCUUCAAGCAAUCGUGACACAAAUGGCUGUUGAAAUUCAAGAACGACAAUCUGUGGUACAAGGGAUACCGAUUGUCGAACUCUCCGAUCGACACUUCUGGUUUAAUCAGCCGAGAUUAAUUCUAUAUCUAAUUCAACUCACACUCUUCCAGAAUUCAUUUGAGAUAACACACUUCUUUUGGAUAUGGUAUGAGUUUGGACUCGAUACUUGCUUUCAUGAGAAUCCGGUUCUUCAGUACGGUAGAGUCCUUAUAGGAAUUUUCGUACAAGGCUUAUGCAGCUAUAGCAUACUUCCACUCUAUGCCCUUGUUACUCAGAUGGGUUCGACGAUGAAGAGGUCUAUUUUUGAUGAUCAAACAUCGAAAGUUCUCAAGAGUUGGCAUCAAGGUGCAGUGAAAAAGGAAAAAAGUGUGCAUGGUAAAACAAAGACUUUAGGGAAUCCAACCGAAGCACCAGCAGGUGCUCCGGGCAAGGGUAAGCCGGGUGAUAUAUCGAGAUCGGUAUCCUCAAGACAAAGUGCCAACAUUGUUGCGAGCGUUGACAUACCCGAUGAUAAGACACCUUCGUAA